AUGUCCGGGAAUGUCCAAGAUGUACUCAUCGGGCCCAAAUUUAAAUAUGCAGCAGAGGCGGAGAUUGAGGAGGCUGCCAUUGAGUCCCUCAUCCGGUGGUACUGUCGCGAGGCUGGGGUUCGAAACCUGCAGAAGCACAUCGAGCGGGUCUGCCGCAAGCUGGCCACGAAGGUCGUGGAGCAGCUGGAGGAGAAGAAGAGCCCGGACCAAGCUGAUGCAGCAGCCGGUGACGAUCAGGUCAUCGAGAUGCAUGUGGAUGAAGGCUCGCUCAGUGACUAUGUGGGGAAGCCGGUCUUCACCUCGGAUCGUCUCUACGAGGGUGCCUUGCCUCCGGGAACCGUCACAGGACUCGCCUGGACUGCACUUGGAGGAUCUGUGCUGUAUAUCGAAGCGACAGCUCUGCCCCGCCGCAGUGCCACGGCUGAAGGGGCCCCGAAAGCUCCACCGGCACUGGCCGUGACGGGCCAGCUGGGCAGCGUGAUGAAGGAAUCCUCCUCCAUCGCUCUGCUCGUGGCGCGGCGGCAGCUUGCCGCGCGCGGCGCUGGUUCCUUCUUCGAGGACCAUGAGCUCUUCCUCCAUUGUCCAGAGGGUGCUACGCCCAAAGACGGCCCAUCUGCUGGUGUCACGAUGACCACGGCUCUUUUGUCCUUGGCGCUCGAGCACCCUGCCUGCUCUUGGACAUGUCAGCGAAGUUGUAAACGGUCAACAUUUUCAGGUUCGAAACAAGCUUGUCGUGGCUCAUGUUUGCGAUGCAGGCUUGCAUGGUGCCUCGAGUCAGGUUUGCCGGUCCUCUUUAAUGCCAAAUUGUGCUGUGAGCAGGGAGCACCGGGCAUGUCGACUUCUCCUGCUCAUCUGGCAAACCCUAUAAAUAUCUAG